AUGUUUCCCACGAACGUAAGAACUAUUACACAAAAAAGUACAACGAAUCUAACAAAAAAAAGUAAACGGAGUUUUAAAUGUAAGCGUCCAGAAUGGCUGACGAAAAAAGUUUUGAUCGUCGGCGGGAUUACAACUGGCGUAUUGAUUAUUGCAGCUAUUGUUAUUCCAAUAGCAGUAAAGGCAGGUUCACCAUCUACAGCCGCGACAACAACCACAACAACAGCCGCACCUGUCGUUCUUGCUUACUGGGCACUUCAGAAUAAUGCAAACGACUUUUACGGGAAUUACAGUGGAACAACAAAUUGUAAUUGGUGUUACUUUACCACAACAGGAUUCUUUUAUGGCUACAUGUUUUACAUGUACAGUACAAAUAGUUAUAUCUCAGUACCAUCGACAUCCUACUUUAAUUUAAACUCUAGAAGUUUCACAUUUCAAAUAUGGAUUAAUCUUAAUAGUCUAUCGAUCGGUGACCAACCUAUAUUUAGUCAAUGCACAUGUACCACAUGUUCAAAUCAAUGCUUAUUCUUAAUUAUUCGAAGUAGUAAACUCUAUAUGGGCUUCACUUAUAACGAUUUAGCCGGUUCAACGACACUGGUGACCGGUGUGUGGUAUCAUGUUGCUUUCGUUUACAAUUACCAGACAUUACAGCAAAUUAUUUACUUGGACGGUGUUCAAGACGCAAUCAGUUCAAAUGCACAACCCUAUCUUGGUACGAAUGGAACAAUGUAUUUCGGUUAUUCAACACUUUUACCAUCAAAUUAUUUUAACGCGUACAUCUACAUGGCGCAGCUCACGACACGAGCCAAAAGUGCAACAGAAAUGUUAAAUGCUGGCACACAAAUAUAUUAUUUUUCAUUCGAUCAACCAAGUCCUUAUUAUGACAAUGGACCGAAUCUUUUAAAUUACACAGGCGUGAGUGGUUUAGCAAGUACAUCUGGAAAGCCGAAAACAGAAAACUUGUUUUGUCGUAGUAAAGAAACGCUUCCUUGGGUGUAUCCAUCAUCUAUAAACGGUGGUGUUCUCGUCUAUAGCAGUAAUGGAAUCAAUAUACUCGGAUUGACAUAUAGUGGACAAAUUGUUGGUCAAAUAUAUGAAUAUCAGCCUGUAACUGUCUAUCAGGCUGUGGUUGGACCAUUUCUAUCAACUAGCACCUGGACACACGUUGCAUGGACAUUCAGUUUGACGAACGGAAUGAUACUUUAUGUUAACGGUGCAGUCCAAGGUUCAAUCACGGGAGUUACUUCUUAUUAUUUUGGCUCCCAUACCGUGACUAUUAUGCUUGGAUACGGUAAUGGCGCUACGUAUGGAUACAUACCAGGCUACGGAUUUCAAGGAAUAUUAGAUGAAUUCUAUGCUUAUAGACGUGAACUAACUGCCUCAGAAGUACUAACACUGGCUAGUGUAUAG